AUGUUUGACCAACUCCCAGACGACAUCGUCUUUGAGAUUGUUUCUCACCUCAGAACAGCCCGCGACAUCGCCAGGCUCGCCUCAUCCUGUAAACAUCUCCACCAUCUCCUCUCAGAAGAUGGCUGGCGCACCUUCGUCAGGACCUGCUUCCCUCUCCUCUCUCUACCUCUAGGCCAGCAACCAAAAUGGAACGAGCUGGCCAACACCCUUACCCGCCAGGCGAGGGCCUGGGACACGAAAGCUUUCCAGUCCAUCGCUUAUACGGACUCUCAUCGCCCAGAGGGCAACUUCUUCACCGGAUUCAGCAACGCCGCUCGCCCCUUCCACCCCAUCAUCGACGCUCGUCUGGCAUUCGACAAGAGCUGGGAGGUCGUAUCAUGGGGCGCCGGCGAGGAUAUCGUCGGCCGCUUCAGGCCGCUCAACUCCCGCGGAGAGGCUGAUGCUUGGUUCCGUAUGGAGGGCAAGGCCAACGGAUACGAGGCUGGUGUUGGCGACGUUACGGCCAUCCAUCUCACUGAACCCGACGGGAAGCUGGGCAUGCUUGUCGGAAGGGCAAACGGUGAUUUGUCUCUCGUCUCAGCCGCGCAGGGUAGUGCAGGUCAGACUCUCUCACACUUCAAGAUUCCUAAACCCACUGGCGGCCUGGAGCUCACCACAUGGACCUCCAUCGGCUCCAUUGAUACUCUGCCCAACCAGUCAUCAGUGGUCGCUGGCAACAGGGCAACUAUCAGCUUGUUCCCCCUGAACACAGAUAAUACGGGGGACGCAGCCCCUCUGGACUCCCUGACCUUCGACAUGUCAGGUACCGCCAGAACACAGUUCAUCCACGCCGCCAAGGCGAUGAACAAUGACACCAUUGUGUGCGCCCUCUCAGGCUCUUCGGACCCGAUCCGCUAUCUCACCGUCACCCCUACAGGCUUCACUCCAGAAGGAGCUUCAAAGAAUCCCGACCUCCUGCAAUCUCGUGGCCUCGACCCAAACAAGAGACUCACCGUCCGCGCCAUUCAACCCGUCAAUCCUGGCCCCAGCGGUCACACCAACCUCCUCCUGAGCGCCUGGGACGACGGCACCUGCCGCCUCAUGGACAUCCGCACGCCGUCCCCCUUCGACGCGCUCUACCGCGACAUGUACCAGCCGUUUGAGGCCGUCUCGUCGCUCAUCACGUACGGCUCAGACCGCUUCGUCGCAGGCAGCGCGGAAAUCGAGGCGCUUAAGAUCUUCGACUUCCGCUGGACCAAGUCGUACUACCACUCCGCGGCGCUGCCGUGCUGGUCCGGCACCCCGUUUCCCGACCCUCUCAGGGGGACUAGCAGUCGCCCGCUGAGCCUGAACGGGGUCGGAUGCAACCACCUCAGGGGAAACCGCUGCGUGUGGCACGAGAACUCGACGAGGGACUACUACCGGCCCAACUACCGCUUCCACGUCAUGCCCUUCAAAGGAGCGUCGCGGGCGUCGAGCUCGCGCAUCUUCUCCCUCGCCAAGGCGUCUGACGUCUCAGACUCGUUCUACGUCGGGCUGGCGGGUGCCGUGGCGGAGUUUUCUACUGCGUUCAACGGCGAGGCGGAUGAUGUGGUGCCGUCUGCGGUCGCCACAGCGGCGGAAAAGCGCGGCUGGAAGGCGAGGGAGUCGCAGUUCAGCUUCGCGGAGACGGGCGAUGGGCUGCUGCAUCCUGGUGUCUCCAUGAGCACUUUUAUGCCCCGGCUUGUUCAACGCUUUGGGGAUGAGAUUGACGCACCGCAGUACAGUGGCUGGUAUACCAAACAGACACCCAAGACAGCCGCGUGGCACCGCUGGGAUAAGAGCUUCUGGCGUCCCACACACUUCACUUUCUGA